AUGGAUGUAAAUGCUAUUGAAACUGGAAAGAAUUUCGAAAAUAUUAAUGAAUCUUUAGAGAAAUCAAAUGUAUCUUCUACAGAAAAUACAAAAGUGGUGUUUGGGCAAGAAAAAGGUAUUUCUAAUAACGAAGAUAAAAAGGUAGAAUCAGUCAUAAAUGUCAAAGAAAAAGAUUCAAAUGAAGAUUUCAAAGAUUCUGAAACAAAUGUAAAUGAUAACAAAGAUAAUGAAGAAAUUCAUGCAGAAGAAAAAAUUCCAAAUGAUUCUGUUCCUAAGAUAAGUAAAUUGUCAAAAAAGAAAGAACGUUUACUAGCAAAAUAUGGAAUUGAUCCUAACAAAAAAUUACCUAGAAAACCAUCAGUAUACGGAAAUUUUAUUGAUAUAGCAGAAGUUAAGGAUUCUUCUGAAAGAAAACACGUAGAUCCUUGGUUACAAGAAUUUUUAGAAUCAUCACAAACGAAAAAAACAUCACCAACAAAAUAUCGAACGGGUAUAAAAGGUAUGAGUCGUGCAGAAUGGUUAAAAAGACGUGGAAAACAAUUGGAGAAAAUUAAAUUUGAACCAAUAAAAAAAGCAGAAGCUUGGUUGAAUCAAAAUAAUAUUGAAAAAGAGGAGAAUGAAAAUAAAAAAGAUGAAAUUAUACCUGUUGAAAAGCUUUUAAGUGAUGAAGAGGACAAAUCUGAAACUACUGAAGAAAAAGCGGAAAAAAAUAAGGAAGAAGAUGAUGUAGAUAGUUCAGCUAUUUAUCUUGAUCCUGAUGUAGAUUUCAUGGCUUUUUGUAGACAAGAGGAAGAAAACAGAGAAAAAAAACAAACGUUUGAAGCUUCUCAGUUUAGAGAUAUUAAUGAUUCUGAAUUAGAUUUGCUUAUUACACAAGGAGCUGUGUUUAACAUUCCAAUUGAAAGAAAAAGAAAAGGUACUGAUGAAAAUUCUUGUAGUGAAUUUAAAAAAUUGAAGUUUAAUGAAGAUGAAAAUAUUGAAAAACAAAAAGAAGAUAAUAUUCAUAAUGAUGAAGAAGAAGAUAUUAUCGAGAACAUUCCUAAAAAGAAAAGUGGGAAAUUAAUUUUCGAUGAUGAAGAAGAAGUAUUUGAAGAGGAGGUUGAAGAUGAAGAAAUAGAAAGUGAAGAGGCGGAAGAAGAUAAUGACGAAGAAAUGGAGGAAGAAAAUGAAGAAACACUUCUUGCUUUACAAUACAAACAAGAACGUGAAAAAAAAUUGAAAAAAAGUGAUUUUUACGAUGAUGAAGCAUCUUUAUCAGGAGAAGAUGUUGGCUCAGAUGAUGACGAAGAAGAUGAUAAUGAUAUAGAUGAGUAUGAAUUAAUGGAUGGUGACUAUGAUGAACUUGGUAAUCAAAAAGAAAUAGUGAAUGAUCUUGCAAAACAACAAAUGCUUCAGGAGUUGAAAGCAGAUGAAAAAAGAUUAAAAAAAAUUAAAGAAAAAUUGAACAUUUAUGAUGAAGAUGAUUCAGAACAAACUGCAAUGAUUUAUAGAUAUCAGACAAGAUUUGUAGCUGAUGAUGUUGAGGUAGACGUUUUAGAAAGGAAUUCUGAUACGGAAGAUCAUCUGGAAGUUAUGGAAGUACCAUCAGAAGAUUCUAAUACAGUGUUGUCAAAAAAAGCAUCUGAAGAAAAAGAGGAAGAUGAGUGGGAUAAAGAAAUAAGAUUAGGUAAAAUGAUUAUGGAAAAAAACAAAGCAGCUCAAUUGGUUCAAAAGAGGGUUGCUUCUAAUAGUAUUAGGAAUGCUCUUGGAUUGAACAACUUUUUAAACAAACUAAAUACAAGUGAAGAAAAAAAUAAAUUGCUUCUGAUGGAUUAG